AGCAAUAGAGACUGUAUCUGUGCUGCUGUUAGCUGAAAAUGGAAGCACCAUUAGAAAGGCUGCCUCGCCAAAACAGCAACACAGACAUUACCACCAAUAAUGGUGGGAAUGUUGUCUAUUCCUUAGAAGAAGGGAAGAGAAGCCCAAGAAAUGGUACUCACAUGGUCUCUGAUAAAAGAGCAGAAUGGCCCGUUUCAGGUACUGAAUUGCUAUACGGAGCUACAUCCAAUAGUGGACACGGAAUAGUGACUGUUGGAGUAGAGAGCGUACGUUUUCAAAAGAGUGUUGAGACCAAGCACCAAGACGAGGAUACUAGGAAGUUGAAGGAUCUUGGCUCUUCAUCCUCCGAGCAGACGGAGCAGUCCCCUGAGGAAAAUGGAGUGGCUAAGCAUCGAAAAAUUAAGUUGAGAGAUCUUGAAGGGGUGUUUGAGAAGACGGCUGCGCAUGAAUUCUACUGUCCUAAUUGCAAUGCUUGCAUCACCGAGGUUAUAGUCCGCGAUAGAGAAUCAAAACCUCCUACCCCACCACUUAUUGAGCCAGAUGAACCAAAACCUCCUACUCCACCACUUAUUGAGCCAGAAGAACGCGUCAGAUGCACUUCGUGCUUUGGUCUCCUAUUUCGUGCAGAUGAACCAAAACCUCCUACUCCACCACUUAUUGUGGCAGAUGAACCCUCGUGCUUUGGUCUCCUAUUUCGUGCAGGCACUCAAGGUAAACAAUCUCUUGAUACAGGCACUCAAGAACCUACAGAGGGCACAACAGUUAUUACUGUGAUCAAACCGCCGGAACAAACGCCGGCAGGGUCUGAAUUACCACGAGAUGCUAAUAAUAUGUUAGAAAUCCUCAAAAGCAUCGUUUACGGUGGUUUAAAUGAAGCAAUUGCAAGCUUAAGCAUUGUGGCCUCUGCAGCUAGUACUGAUACUGCCACAUUGAACAUUUUCGUUUUGGCACUGGCAAACUUGUUGGGUGGUCUUUUCGUCAUCGGACACAAUCUCUGGGACCUGAAAGCUGAUCAAGUAGACAGUAAAUACAAAGAAGUACUAGGGAACAAAGAUAAUUUCUUUUUUCAUGUCCCGGUUGCCAUACUCUCGUUCCUCAUUUUCGGGUUAGUACCUCCUUUGGUUUAUGGCUUCUCGUUCUCUCAGAGCGACGACAGCAACCUAAAGAUUGCAGCAGUUGCAGCAUCUUCUAUUUUAUGCAUCAUACUUCUCGCAAUUGGAAAGGCUUACAUCCAGACGCCACCAAAGUACAUCAAAACUGUGCUGUACUAUAUCGUCAUAGGGGUUGGCGCCGCCGGUGUUUCUUACUUGGUAGGUGACUUAAUUGACAAACUUGUAGAGAAGCUUGGCUGGUUCAACUCAACUGUAGCUGGCUCUCUGCCUCUUCCUCAUCUGACUAUGAGUACAGUGAAACCUGCAUGGGAAUCCUGGUGACAUUCUAUAUCUCUCAAUGGAAUCCCAGCAUGCACUUGCCAUUUUUCAGCUAAGUAACUUUCUUACACAAUAAAGUGGCUGAAAAUGUUUUGCUCAGCUGGUUUGUAAUUCUAGGAUUUUUUUUUUUUUUUUUUUGGUUGAGAUC